CGUAAACCACAUCACAUUCCCGUUGCCUAUUAUAACGCCGACCCAAACGCCAAACUGUCGCAACUCUUUCUCGAUUCCAUAGAACCCUAUUAUCUAAGUCUUCACGAAUAUGGAGACAAUGAGACGGCUGUGAAUAGUGUGAGGGAUGGCAUCAAUACAUUAGCGCUCAUAUUUAAGCAAAACUUUUCUCAAACAUUUGCACUCCGAUUGACAGACCUCUACGACAUGACUGACGAUGAAUUGGACGCGAGUCAAGUGAAGGUCUACGCGGACUUCUCUGAUAGUAUUGUCGGCAAUAAUGUCUAUAAUAGUCUGUUGAGAGCUUUUGAGAUAUUUCUAAAACAUUUGGGUCCCACAUAUGGUCAAAAUCUGUAUCGGUACUUUUUCCCGGUCACUAUCGAGCCGGCUAUUUACGGGUCUACCGACUUAAACUUGAAUGUAUUUCUAACACCUGGUUUGAUGAUGGCCCUAGCACAUUUACUACCCAUGAUUGUGUCAGCCAUGCAAAUCAUUACUGAUAGGAAGAACUCCAGUAUGGAGAGAGUAUUGGUGGCUGGCGUUAAACCCAUGGAAUUCUUUAUCUCACAUACUAUCGAAAAUGUUACUCUCAUUACAACACAAGUGCUUUUUUCGAUGGCGAUUGCGUUUAUUGCCUUAAAUAUGGAGCAAUUGGGCAGUUAUGUUGAGGUUUACCUCUUUUUCCUAUUACAAGGCCUACAAGGGAUGGCUAUCGGCUUAUUAGUAGCACUUCUUCUCUCUGAUGAAGUUUCUGUCGGGGCUUACUCUCAAAAGACAACUACUGUAGAUUGGGUUGACUGGUCUAAUGCUGCCCAUAUGGAUAGUGUCUGGUGUGAUUUGGCCCAUACAGUCAAUUCCCUAUUAUUUCCGGUAUCUCUCAGACUUAAGUCCAAUUACUCAACCACUGGAGGCUUUGCGGGCAGUUAUGUUGAGGGGCUGGACGUAUGAGAACCCUCUUGUUCUCAAUGGAUAUAUUAUCACAACUUUAUAUACCGUUUGCAUCAGUGGUCUAAAUAUGAUUUUAUUUCAAUUUUAUUCCGACAAAGCGCUCUCUUUACAUUUGUAUUAAUCUAAAUUUUAUCAAGUAUUUAAAUUCUACCACUUAAUAACC